GAUGUCGAGUACAGUCGUCAGUUAUGUGAUGUUAAUUUCUGCUCAGUUAAGUUAGCUUUUUCUCUUAAACGAUAUCUUACAAGAUGAGAAAGACUACUUUCACGUCGUGGGAUGAGAAGCAGUGUGUUCGAUCAUUAAUUGCUAUCUGCCAGUUGGUAAAGACGAAUGAUUUGACUUUCGUAUUGGGUAAUCUCGGUCGAUUGUCUGGACGCUUUUACGAACGAGCUCUUGAUCCUGUUUACCAGUCUGAGUUAACAGCAACCGAAAAUUUGGAACUGGAAAGGGAAUUUGCAGCCCUGUGUGAUUGGUUUCAAAAUGGCAAAGAAAGUAUCCCCAAAUGUAAUAUGCAAAUCAAUGCUAAAUUGCAGAUCAGCAUUUUGCACAUAGCUCGUUAUAUUUUGGUGAAAACAAGUAAAUUUCCGCGUGACCAUCAUUGGACUUGUAACGUGGUGAAAUUGGCGCUGGAAACUGCCAUCUGUUGCCGUGACACUAAGCUUUGGCUAGAAAUGGAAUGGUGUUUGAAUGAAGUUGGUUUUCAUCAGCAACGGUUUCCGCUGUUGGCAGAGAUUCCAAUAGAGCUUCGAGCACCAUUCCUUUUGAAUAGCUAUUUGCUACCAGUACUUUGGCUACUAUGGAUUCAUGACUGCAAUAUCGGUAGUGAUGAAGCCUUAAACCGCUUUAUUAUACCUCUUGACUCAAUGGAGCUAACCAUCCAACAAGCGGCCCUCGUCACCAAAAUAUGUUUUAACAUUGGACUUGACCGCUUCAAUCGAGAAGAGUACGAAAUCGCAGCUGUCUGGAUGAAAACUUCCUAUUGCUUCGCGACCAGCAAAUUACCAAGGAGCGGACGUGGUCGAAUAUCUUCUAGCAAAUCCUUGCUCUUAUUUGCUAUAUGCCUCUACAAAACAGACCCGCUGCAUUAUCGUGAAAAAAUUAUUCAUACAUUAGACUCCACAGGUGAUAGCUUAGCCUUUGCCGAGCUUCGAUUUCGGACCUUUAUGCAAGGCAAACCUCCUCUGCCACAUGUAAUUCGUUGUUCCUUGAAAAUGUUUUCUAUUUACAUCAGCCAAGAACUCUCGCAGUUACGAGUAAACGUCUUUAAGGUGUUCAAUGAACUAGAGCGCAAUGGGCAUUCUCAAGCGAUGGUAGAUUUGCUCAAUGCCAUCCCUUGGCACACCAGCAGUAGAUCAACGUUAGAAGUGAAGAUAGCACAAAAUCUAUUGCCACACAUUAAAUGGAUCUGUGCCGAAAUUGCUCUUCGCUUCUGUAUCCAAAAUCAUUUUCAAAGUGGCUGCUAUCAGUGGUUAGAAGAACUAACAUAUUGGAAUCCAUCUGAACAUGUGAAUUUGGAAUCUCUUACGUGCAUUCUGACCCUCGGACAGACGGAAGCCAUGAAGCUGAAUUGUCAUUACCUUGCUCUAAAAUGGUUUCGUAUCCUUGUCAAAAUCACUUGCAUUCAUGGUGGUCCAUCUUCUGUCGUUGUCAACGCUAUCCGCUAUGCACUCUCGCAAAACUCUUCGCAAGGGUUAUUCACUCUUACAGAGAUAUGCCGCGAAGUACCAAAUUUCGAUAUCCAAAUUCUCCGCUUUAAGCUGUUAGUUGCGGUUUUAAGUGGCGAUUCUGGUAACGCUAUCAAAACUUGUUUGGAACUUGAUGUUUGUUACAAGAAGGAAGAGGAUCUGGAAUCUGAGUUUUCGGAAGAAGGCUUGGAUACCCUAGAGAUGUGCGCCCUUGUUGCUUUAAAGGACGUCGGUCUGAUUGAAAUUGUUUUACACGUUCUUGAUGCCAUAAUGCACGAGAUACGGAAAGGGGAGAUCAGGCUGCUGGUUCGCGUCAUUCGUUUCCAUCUGAAGAUCCUAUUCUGCCCUACCAUUAGCAAUUUGGCGAAAAAUGACCUAAGACUUCAACACAAGUGCAUUGAUAAUUUGAUCUCUACCCUUAUAAAUGCCUAUCGCGAACUACGGGACAGUAUAGAAUCGCCUGAAGGACCACAUGAUGGUAACGGGCUAGAGCUAUGGUUUGGCAACUUAGCAUGGUCUCUAGGACGGAAACUUGGUCAUGUCCCAGCGUUUUCACGGCACCAGUUUUUUAAACUUUCUUACAAAAUGCUCAGUUUGACUCCUGAAAAGGAUGAGGAGAUCAAGGAAAGAAUUGUUAUGUCAAUUACCUUGGCAGUUGCUGCUGGGAUCAACUGCAUGGCUCAUCAGCACUAUCGAAAGAUUCUGAAAAUCUGUCUUGACGUUAUUGGAGAAUUCCCAAAAAACGGCGCUCCAAAACCCAUUCAACUUCACUUUUACGAGUUCUAUAUUCUAUGUGAACUUGAAGAAAUCAAUAGGAUGUGGGAAAUUUUGCGGCAACACGAAUCAAACGAAAAAAUGAAAGGCGAUUCUAACUUUUUCACAGGAUUAGCAGCGCUAGCUUCGAAUACUAGAUAUCACUUCCUGCGCCAAGUUCUGCCGCCCAUUGAAUGCCACCAGCUUCCAUCGGAGGUACUUCACCGCGAAUUUAAUUUGCAAGCGCAACUCACUUGCAUUGCUAUUCAUUGCCUAAAACUGUCAAACCACAUUUUGGCUAAAUCAGUUCAACCCUUGCCCAUUCAGGGAAUGGUACAACUCUGGAAAAAGAUCAUCGAAUUCUCUUCUAAUAAUGUUCAUUUCCAAGAAAAAAAUGAGAAAGACCAUUUGAUUUCAUGUGAAGAAUAUCGAGUUUUUAUAUCUAACAACCACCAACAUGUUAAUUCGUCAGAAAUUUCUUUCUUUUUUAACUAUGUUUGGAAUGUGACUGUUGAGACCAGAAUUUUUAAAGGAGAAAAGGCGGCACAAAGAUGGUUGGAGUUACUUAAAGAUGUGAGCUUGUUCUCAGUGGAACUACAAAAGCUGAGUCGGUCUCUUCUGAAAGAUUUACAUUACAAGUGCAGUGAUAUUUGGAUUUAGUUGCCCCAUC